GUCAGAGACCAGACGAAGAAGUGUAAGCGUAAACAAACAUGGCGGACGGCUUGCGUCCAAAGACCGAGCUCGUUAUACAUACAAUCGCAACAACGGAGUUUUAGCAUAGCCAGCAGGUUACCUAGGCAACCACAGCCCGUCUGAAGUAUUCUACUGUCAAAGAUUACUCGACUCUCGUUGUGGCGUCCUGUGGACCAUGGAGCAGUACAGCAUUCUGGGCCGUGUGGGAGAAGGCGCUCACGGCAUCGUGUUCAAGGCCAAGCACAUCGAGACGGGCCAAACGGUGGCGCUGAAGAAGGUGGCUCUGAGGCGCCUGGAGGACGGCGUGCCCAACCAGGCCCUGCGAGAGAUCAAGGCCCUGCAGGAGAUCCAGGACAACCAGCAUGUGGUGGCGCUGAAGGAGGUCUUCCCUCACGGGACGGGCUUCGUCCUGGUCUUUGACUUCAUGCUCUCCGACCUCUCUGAGGUCAUCAGGAACUCCCAGCGCCCUCUGACCCCGGCGCAGGUCAAAGGUUACAUGCUGAUGCUGCUGAAGGGCGUGGCCUUCCUGCAUCACAACAACAUCAUGCACCGAGACCUGAAGCCUGCCAACCUCCUCAUCAGCUCCUCGGGACACCUAAAGAUCGCCGACUUCGGUCUAGCCCGCCUCCUCAGCCAGAACCCAGAGCGACUGUACAGCCACCAGGUGGCCACCAGGUGGUAUCGUGCUCCUGAAUUGUUGUAUGGAGCCAGAAAGUACGACACGGGGGUCGACCUGUGGGCAGUAGGUUGUAUUUUUGGGGAAUUGCUGAACUCGUCUCCUCUGUUUCCUGGGGAGAACGACAUCGAGCAGCUAUGUUGUGUCCUCAGGGUGCUGGGGACACCCACGCGUGACACCUGGCCUGAAAUGGUAGACUUGCCAGAUUACAACAAAAUCACCUUCAAGGAGAAUCCCGCCAUCCCAUUGGAGGAGCUCGUCCCUGACUCCUCCCCCGAGGCCGUCCACCUGCUCUACAAGUUCCUGGUUUAUCCGUCAAAGCGGCGAUGCCCCGCCCACCAGGCUCUGGUCCACGCCUACUUUUUCUGCCCGCCUCUCCCCGCCCACCACUCGGAGCUGCCCAUCCCUCAGAGGGGCGGCGGCCAUCCCCACCAGCGGAUGCAGGCUCCGCCCUCCGACUUCUCCACAGACCUCCCCCUGGAGAAGAGCGUGGUGGACCCCGCACUGCUGCGGAGACACGCCUCCUGCCUGUGACCGCUGCAAAGAUAUCAAGUAUGGCAAAGGGGGGCAGGGCCUCACUGCAGUGCAUUGUGGGACUUGUAGUUAUUUUGUCCUCAAGACAAGACAGAAGAAAAGCAUUAAAAUGUUUAAUCAUUUGUUGAAAGUUUCAUCAGGCCAUAAAAGAGACAGGAAGUGGAGGGUUUGGGGGGCGGACAUCUUGCUGGGGAAGUCAACGAGGCACUUUGUUACCACUUAGCUGCAGGACGUCGGCCAUCUUGGCUGUUGCUAUAGUGGUCGCCGUAGCGACGUGUGUAUGGCUCUAGUUCAACUUCUAAAGGUUUUUCAUCACAAGCAAGCAAGUAGUUUCUAUUCUCUAUAGUGGUCAUAUAUCAAGGUUAUUUCCUUUUAGAAAAAUAAAAAAAAAUGACAUGCUUGGAAGGGUCGAGGUCAAAGUUCAGCCGAGGUCUUUGCAUAUGCUUUUUAAAAGUGUCAUUGGCCACGCCUCUUGUCCCGCCCACCACCUCCUCAGAGCGUCCAAUCACAUGCAGGAAGAGGCGGGUCUUAGCCAGAAAAGCCCUUAAAAUGACAAUUAAAAAAUCCUCCUAUCAGAGGGAGAGUCCACCCACUAGGCCCCGCCCACUGAGACGACGGCCAGUCAGAACCUGCGAGAGUUUGUGUGGGCUGGGCUCCAGCCAGGGGCCCAGAGCCUCUUCUUGCAUCGGCCCGGCUCUCGUCCAGUCAGAAGCCUGCGCUACACUGGUGCCUGAUUGGCUGUCGUCUGAUUGGCUGUCUUGAGCGGCGUCCAGCGGCAUCAGGAAGGAGAAGGCCGCUUGCUGAGGAGCGGCCGAGCUCCCACAAUGCUCGGCGUCGCCCUCCUCCUCCUCCCUCAUUUUGCCACUCCUCCUCUCCUCUCUCAUCUUCCUCUUCUCUCUCAUCCUCCUCUUCUUCUCCUCCUCCUUGGCCUCCUCCUCCACCAGGUCCAGGUCCAGAUCAGGAGGCCCUCCCCUUCUGCUUCUUGGUUUGCUUCCUCUGGUCUUCAUCCUCCUCCUCCUGUCUCCUCCUUCUCCCCUGUGUGUGCUGUGGGGGGUGGUCGCCAUGGUGACAGCCUCUCGUGAGGGGGUGUGGGCGGAGGCGUCUUCCUCAGGGCCUAUCAGAGAUGAGGGCACACAAUUAGCCCACUCCCUCAGGCCACCACUAGAGGCUGCCGUCAGCCCACUGCCACUACCUGCCAAUGGAAUAGGAUGUAAACUACUGAUACACUCCAGGUAACUUUUAUACAUUUAUAUAAAGUACAUCAUAUAAAUACCUUUUAGCCUGACCAUUAAUAAUGAUUAAAAGAAACUUAAAGCCA